CAAGAGCUGAUACAACUGAAGCUAGCAGCCAUUGCCACUCUGCAAACGACACCGUUUUCAACGGCUGAGGAGCCGCAAUGCCAUUUCGAGCUCGCACUGCAAUCUUCCGUUGGUCUCUGCAUACUGUUCCUUACCGUAUCCAUCACCAUCAACCUCAUUCUCUUCACUCUUCUUCUUCUUUCAUUCCCCACAAGUUCACUUCUUUAGCCCAAACUCAGGUUUAUGGCGAAUCUGUUGAAACAAGUGACGAUGAUGGAUUUUUGUCAUGGUUGGAGCGGAAAGCUGGUUGUAGAAUUUCUUCAUCGCUUUCAAUUGGGAAAACAAUGCUCAAUUUGAAGUUCAUUGUAAUCCUAAUCCUAAGGUCUCUGUUUGCUUCUAAGGCGAUAAAAACCGGAGAUUGUAUUUUGAAGGUUCCUUAUAGAGUGCAAAUAACAGCAGAUAAUCUCCCUGCUAAGAUCAAAUCUCUGAUCAGUGAGGAAGUUGCGAAUGUUGCAAAACUUGCUGUUCUUCUUCUAAUUGAGCGGAAAUUGGGUCAGGGCUCUCAGUGGAAUCCUUAUAUCUGCCGUCUACCAUGGCAAGAGGAGUUGCAUAACACGAUUUUUUGGAAUGAAAGUGAGCUGGAGAUGAUUCAUCGAAGCUCAGUUUAUUGGGAAACAAUUAACCAAAAGUCUCAAAUGGAAAGGGACUUCUUGGCAAUCAGGCCUAUUUUUGAAUGUUUCAGUCAAAGUUUUGGAGAUAUUACUUAUAAAGACUUCAUGUAUGCAUGCACAUUAGUUGGUUCUCGAGCAUGGGGAAGCACCAAUGGUUUAUCUCUGAUUCCUUUUGCAGAUUUUGUAAACCAUGACGGGAACUCAGAAGCAAUUGUGAUGAGUGAUGAUGACAAACAAUUAUCAGAAGUUAUCUCUGAUCGUGCCUAUGCGCCUGGGGAGCAGGUACUGAUAAGAUAUGGAAAGUUUUCAAAUGCUACAUUAAUGUUAGACUUCGGUUUUACAGUCCCCUACAACAUUUAUGACCAGGUUCAGAUCCAGUUAGAUAUACCUAAGCAUGAUCCUCUGCACAAGAUGAAGUUGGAACUCAUGCAACAAUACUUUGUGCCUUCAAGGAAAAACGCGGAAAACUUGGAACAUUCUUGGAACAUCUUCACAAUCAAGGAGGUCAAGUGGCCUAAAGGAAAAGGGAAAGGUCUUCCGCAAUCGCUUCGUGCUUUUGCUCGUGUUCUUUCUUGUACUAAUCGUCAAGAACUUGAUGAUCUGGUUGUGGAAGCUGCACAAACUGAUGGUAGGCUAGGUAGGCGUCCGUUACCGGAUGUCAACAAAGAGAUUCAAGCCCACCUGAUGUUAUCGUCAUUAAUCGGCCAAUUAAUUGAGGAGCGCAGUGCAGCCAUUAUGUCAUUGGAGGAGUCUUCCAAUUCUUCAUCAUUUUGUGUAAGAGUUCCUGUUAGAAGAUUCAUGGCCCAGGAUCUCCUACGUGGCGAACUUCGCAUUCUGAAUUCUGCUUUUACAUGGCUGGAGAACUACUGUUUGUCGUCGACUUAACGGUUGUCUGUAGCUGCAGCCUCAGUAUAGCAGGAAAAUGAAACUACCACAUCAGAUAUAUUGGAAUUAUCACAACCUGAAGAUUAUGCUGACUAUGGGUUAGCUGCUUCUUUUGGUUGGUUAGACUAUUCAACCUCAGUUGUUUUGGUUCUAUCACCUACUGGAUUUGAAAUGAGUAUAUCAGAGAGCAAGUUAGAGCAGCAUCUGUUGUAGAAUAGUAGAAAUAAAUAUAUUUCUCAUGUUGUACCUUAAUUUAUUCUCUCCCUUCUGGAUCAGAAAAUGAUCAAUUGUGAGGUUGAGGCAUGUGAUGUAAUGGCAAAACUGUUUGUCAAAGUGUAAAAUAAAUCUGUAUUACAUCCAAUUAUGUAAUGACACGUUAACAAAAGUAAUUACCUUUUUA